AUGCAGGUGAUAGUGGCCCACCGGGUGGCAAGGGAUGGGCGGGUGGACGUGCUGGUGAGCAACGUGCGCAGCAGCAUGCCGUGUCCCAUGGCGGAAGUGGCGCGUGUGGUGGCAGAGGAGGGGCGGGUGGACAUUCUAGUGAACAACGUGGGCAUCGGCAUGCCAUGCCCCGUGGCUGAUGCGGCAGUGGCCCACCUAGUGGCAGAGGAGGGGCGGGUAGAUGUGCUGGUGAACAACGCGGGCAUCGGCAUGCCAUGCCCUGUGGCUGAUGUGCCCUUGGACCAGCUCCGCCAGGUGCUGGACGUCAAUCUCUAUGGUGCCGUUGCCAUGGCCCGAGCCGUCUUCCCGGUCAUGGCACAGCAGCACAAGGCGGCGCUCGCAGCGGCCACCAGCUGCAUGCGCAUGGAGAUGCGGCCCUUCGGCAUUGACGUGGUGCUCGUCACACCAGGCUACAUCAAGUCCCGCAUCUUCCGUAACGCUCUAGCCAGCGCCCCCAUCCUUCCCAGUUCAAGUCAUUACAAGCCCUACGAGGCGUCCUACAGAGAGCAGUUCGCAGCUAGUGCGGACAAUCUUUGGGCGACUAACACUGCUGAUUUUGCUACACAACUUGCUGACGUGGCACUGGGCAAAAGCAGUCCUCCAUGGCGGGUUCUGUAUGGCCACCAAGCACUAUUUGCUGUAUUCAUGUCCUACCUUCCUGCAACAAUUCUUGAUUCAUUGCUGUGGGUUGCAUUUGCAAAAAGAAAGUAG